GAAACUAAAACAAACAAACAGUAAACAGGAAGUGGAGACAGUGUCGCUGUGACCGGGACAGUGUGACUCCUCAGGCCGGGCUGAGAGCGUCUCUCUGCGGGGACAUCAUGGCCGCUGACGGCGUCGCCUCCUCCCGCAGAACGAGGACGGAUUCAGCCGGAGAGUCGGAGCGGAGCUGCGGCUUCGUGGUGCCGGGAGGAGACGGAGGGUCCGGGGACACUUGGAGGAGACACAUCGUCCGUCAGCUGAAGAACCGGGACCGGAACCAGAGCGACUCGUUCCAGGACCUGAUCCACUUCUACUCUCGGCUGUUGGAUAAAUCCAGUUUGACCAAUGGAAUCCUGAGCAGACGUCCCUGCACUGACAGCAGCUCUGUCUCGUCUCUACUGAACCAGAACGACCAACUAAAGAAUACAACAGGAGAGUUGGCCUUUCAGGUGCUGGAGCUGCAGCAGCAGAUCAAAAUCAAACUCCUUGUUCUGGACGAGCAGGAUUCCAGCCUGCUGGCGGAGCGGCGUCGACUCGCAGGUGCGUUUGAUGUCCGUCAGGAGCUGCAGGGGCGGGCGGUGCAGGUUCAGGAGGAGAACGGGGCAUUGAAGAUGGAGUACGAUGUCCUGCUGGAGCGACAGAGGGGGGCGGAGACAAGACUCCGGGAGGAAAAGGUCAGAGAGGGACACCUGCUGGAGGACAUGAUCCACCUGAAACGACAGGCCGCCGCCCGUAUGAACAGCCGCAAUGAACGCAGGUCCAGAGCUCGUGAAGCGAACCUCCAGAAGGAGCUGCAGAGCGCUGCAAGGUCAAAGGUCGCUAUCGACAGCUCUUCCAGCGCUCCGACGUCCAGGUCAACGUCCCCGAAGAACGAACACCAGGACAAGUCUGCAGAGCGAAGACACACCAGACUCUUCAGGUCGGCGUCGGCCACGUCCCCGAGGAUCCUCACCUCCAUCAGACAACUGUUCGACAGGAAGAGGCGUGGUCCGGUCUGCAGUCUGGAGGAGGAUCAGAUGAGUCCUGUAGGAAUCUGUCUGUCAGCCAGAGUCCCUGCUAGAGCUCUGCAAGUACUGGAGGCCCAUGAGCAAGGCAUUAACACAGUGAGGUUCAGCUCCAGUUCAGACCUGCUGGCCACAGGAGGAACUGACCGAGUCAUCAAACUGUGGGACGUCAGAGCAGGCUCAUUGACCCACAGGGCGACUCUGGACGGCAGCACAGAGGGGAUCACCUGCGUCGACUUUGACUCAGCGGGCUCUAGGAUCCUCGCUGCAUCAUACGAUAAGUCAGCCUUGUUGUGGCGGCUGGAUGAUUCUGUUCCCAAGUUGACUCUGACAGGUCACAGCAGGAAGGUAACGGCAGCGAGGUUCAGUCCUUCACUUCAUCAGGUGGUGACAGGAAGUGCCGACAGAACCAUCAGACUGUGGGACCUGCACCGAGCCGCCUGUGUGCAGGUAGUGGACGUGGCGUCGUACUGCAGCGACCUGGUUUGUUCUGAGAACUUUAUCAUCAGUGGACACUACGACUGCAAGAUCAGGGUCUGGGACACAAGGGCGGUGAGCUGCGUUCAGGAACUUCCUGCUCAGGGUAAAGUCACCUCGUUGGACCUUAGCUCCGACCAUCGUCAGCUGCUCAGCUGUUGCCGUGACGACUGCCUCCAGCUGGUGGACCUGAGGAGGUGGAGCAACGACCGCACGUGUUUCAGAGCUGAAGGGUUCAAAUGUGGCAGCGACAGCACGAAGGCCGUCAUCAGUCCAGACGGAUGUUUCCUGGCUGCUGGAUCAGCUGACGGAACAGUUUACAUCUGGAACGUCUCCAACGGCAACCUGGAGACCCGCCUCCCUGACAAACACAGCUCGUCCAUCAGCGCCGUGUCCUGGUCUCUGUCGGGAGAAUAUGUCGUCAGCGUGGACAAGAGCAGGCGGGCUGUCCUCUGGAGCGACAUCUGAAUCGGCCAAUCUGGGAGGAGGUCACAUCGUCACGGCAACACCACUCACGACACGUAUCACCUGAACGAACAAACGCAGCUGUUACAGGAACAUUUAUGUGUUUUUUUAAAUGAAGUUGAUUUGACAAAAGGUUAAUGAAGAAAAUGAAAAAAUUGAAAAGGGAAAAAAGAGAAGAUUUGAAUCACGAUCGAAGGGAAAACUGUUUGUUUCUGUUGCUCCUGAACUUUGACUCACAUUAUUUAUUUUGUCACCUGCUACAUCUACUCGUCCACAUUUGUUCUGCUCCUCCAGCUCCAGCCCUGUUUAUUGACGAAAUUAUUACAAUAUGAUGAGUUAUUCAGCUGGAAUCUGACAAAUAUGAAACAUAAACAUCGAUACCUGCUAAAUAAUCCUCAGAUCAGUGAAUCUGUUUUUUAUCAAUGUGGAGUUGAAAGUCCUAGAUUUCAAAAUGUGAGUUUUCUCUCCGCUGCUGUUUGGUCGGAGCCUCGUGCAGCUCUGCAGCUGGAUUUACUUUGAAAAGGCGUCGGCAUUAAUCCAGUGUUUGGCCUCUGGGCUUUGAAGAGGGAAGUUCAAAGAGGAGAAGAGAAACGUCCGGAGGCUGUGAUGGUGUCUGAGCUCAGGGAGGGAGGAGCUAAACAUAUCUAGAUCAGCUGACCCAAGUUUCCACACCUUGUCUGAACAAAUCACAGCGCUGCAUUUUCACCUGAGACCGAACAUGUGAGGCUCCACCCACACACACAGGUUUCAGUUUCUCAUCACUGUUGCCAUGGUUACGCCUGCUGGAGUUUUCCAGCCUCUGAAUCAGAGACUUGUGUAAACUGGUCUCGUUUUAGUUUGAAAUCUCUGAG